GCAAAGAACCAGCCACACAUGCCCAACCCAGCCCACCCAAUUCCCCUUGUCACCACAUAUCCGAAAAACACAAAAUAAAGAAAAACACUGCCACUUUCACUUCUCUCUCAUUUUAUCUUCCUAUUUGGUAAGCUUUAUAUUCUUAUACCAUUGUUUAUCUUGUUUUAGAAUGAGAAUUUAGAGGUUGGAAUAAUUUUUGUUUCUGUUUUUCUUUUGAGCAUGUUGGUUCUUGUGGGAAUUAUGCCUUCUUUAGCCUCUUUGGUUAGUUUAGGAGGCAUAAGUGUUGUGGGCACCAAUGGUUCUUCAUCAGAAUCCUCUUGUUAUUCGUUAGUAAAGAGGGUUUCUUUAUUGUCUAAAGGAAAUUGUAGGGGUCAAAAGAGGUGGGUUUGUAAAUAUUCUGUUACUACAACAACUACCGCAACUGAUUUUAUUGCUGACGGGGCUUAUGGGUCUGUGUCUCUUGAUUCUUCUAACACUUAUAGAGGAAGUAGUAGUAAAGAUGAGAGUGCUAAUGAUAAUGGUGACAGUGAUAGUGGAAUUGUUCUUAAGCCUGCUCCUAAACCUGUGUUGAAGUCGCCGCUGGGGGAUAAGGGCGAACCAGUUUCGGGGAUGAAUUCACUGGGUUGGGCUGCGUCGAGAGUUAGUGGGGAUUCAGAUGAGGAGGAGAGGAAUAAGGUUAUUGAAUCGUUGGAUGAGGUGUUGGAGAAGGCUGAGAAAUUAGAGACUAGGAAGAAGAGUGGGCAUGGGAAUGUAAAUAAGUUGACAGUGUCUAAUGUGAGUAAUAAUAGAAGAAAUGAUAGGCCGGCGAAUUCAGCUGGAACUCAGAAGACUAAGACGUUGAAGAGUGUUUGGAGGAAAGGUGAUACAGUUGCAAGUGUACAAAAGGUUGUUAAGGAAGAACCUAAGAUUAUUAAUAAGAAAGAGGAGCCUAGAAUGGGAGGAGAAUUGAAGGUGGAGUCCCAGUCAAAUGUUCCCUUGAAGCCUGCGCAGCCACCUUUGAGACCGCAACCUAAGCUACAAGCAAAGCCUUCAGUUGCUUCUCCUCCCAUAAAAAAACCUGUCGUCUUAAAAGAUAUGGGGGCUUCUCUAAAGUCAUCAGUUACUGAUCAGAGUGAAUUGCCUGUUAAAAGUAAAGAACGGAAACCAAUUUUGAUUGACAAGUUUGCCACUAAAAAACCAGCUAUUGAUCCUGUGAUUGCUCAGGCGGUCUUGGCCCCAACAAAACCUGGAAAGGGUCCUGCCUCUGGAAAAUUCAAGGAUGAUUAUCGUAAGAAAAAUGCUUCUGCUGGAGCUCGAAGACGGAUUGUUGAAGAUGAUGAUGACAUUGCUGAUGAGGAGACAUCUGAACUGAAUGUCUCCAUCCCUGGUGCUGUAAGGAAAGGGAGGAAGUGGAGUAAAGCUAGCCGAAAGGCAGCUAAACUUAAGGCUGCCAAGGACGCAGCUCCUGUCAAAGUAGAAAUUCUUGAGGUAGGGGAGAAAGGUAUGUUGAUUGAGGAGCUAGCCAAAAACUUGGUAAUUAGUGAGGGCGAAAUUCUUGGGUACUUGUAUUCAAAGGGGAUUAAGCCUGAUGGGGUUCAAACUCUGGACAAAGAUAUGGUGAAGAUGAUAUGUAAGGAGUACGAAGUAGAAGUCUUAGAUGCAGACCCUAUUAAAAUGGAAGAAAUGGCUAUGAAGAAGGAGAUUCUUGAUGAUGAAGAUCUGGACAAUCUAGGGGACAGGCCUCCUGUACUUACAAUUAUGGGUCAUGUGGAUCACGGAAAGACAACCCUGUUGGAUUACAUCCGUAAAACCAAGGUAGCUUCCUCGGAAGCAGGGGGGAUCACGCAAGGAAUUGGAGCGUAUAAGGUGCUAGUAUCUGUUGAUGGAAAAUUACAGCCAUGUGUUUUCCUUGAUACACCUGGGCAUGAGGCAUUUGGGGCUAUGAGAGCUCGUGGAGCAAGAGUUACAGACAUUGCUGUGAUUGUAGUGGCUGCUGAUGAUGGGAUCCGCCCUCAAACAAAUGAGGCAAUAGCACAUGCAAAAGCAGCUGGUGUACCAAUUAUAAUUGCUAUAAAUAAGAUUGAUAAAGAUGGGGCUAAUCCUGACAGAGUCAUGCAAGAGCUGUCUUCAAUUGGUCUCAUGCCAGAAGACUGGGGUGGUGACAUCCCGAUGGUUCAGAUCAGUGCUCUGAAGGGUGAGAAUGUAGAUGAUUUGCUGGAAACCAUAAUGCUUGUUGCAGAGUUACAAGAGUUGAAGGCUAAUCCACACAGAAAUGCAAAGGGCACUGUUAUUGAGGCCGGUCUGCAUAAAUCUCAAGGCCCAGUGGCAACAGUUAUUGUGCAAAAUGGGACUCUAAAAAGAGGGGACAUAGUAGUUUGUGGGGAAUCCUUUGGAAAGGUCCGGGCUUUGUUCGAUGAUUGUGGGAAUCGUGUUGAUGAGGCUGGACCUUCUAUUCCUGUACAGGUUAUUGGACUGAAUACUGUUCCAGUUGCUGGUGAUGAAUUUGAGGUUGUUGAUGUACUUGAUGUAGCCCGUGCAAAGGCAGAAGCACGUGCUGAGGCAUUGCGUAAUGAACGAAUAUCAGCCAAAGCUGGGGAUGGGAAGGUCACACUUUCUUCCUUAGCUUCUGCAGUCUCAGCAGGAAAGCUGUCCGGUUUGGACCUGCACACUCUGAAUGUUAUUCUGAAGGUUGAUCUUCAGGGAUCCAUUGAGGCUGUCAGACAAGCCCUGCAAGUGCUCCCACAAGAUAAUGUCACUUUGAAGUUCCUCUUGCAAGCAACAGGGGAUGUCAGUACUAGUGAUGUUGAUCUUGCUCUUGCUAGCAAAGCGGUUAUUUUUGGUUUUAAUGUCAAGACUCCUGGAUCCGUUAGGAGUUAUGCGGAUAAUAAAGGUGUUGAGAUUCGACUGUAUAGAGUUAUCUAUGAUCUUAUUGAUGAUGUGCGAAAUGCAAUGGAAGGACUGCUGGAAUCAGUUGAGGAUCGAGUAUUUAUUGGCUCAGCUGAAGUCCGGGCCAUCUUCAAUAGUGGCAGUGGUCGUGUUGCUGGAUGCAUGAUUACAGAAGGAAAAGUAACGAAAGGCUGUGGCAUUCGGGUUAAUCGAAAUGGAAAGACAGUCUAUGUUGGUGUGCUCAAUUCUUUGAGACGGGUUAAGGAAAUCGUAAAAGAGUUAAGUACCGGACUAGAGUGUGGUAUUGGGGCUGAAGACUUUGACGAUUGGGAGGAAGGAGACAUUAUCGAGGCCUUCAACUCCGUUCAAAGGAAACGGACCCUUGAAGAGGCAUCAGCUUCAAUGGCAGCUGCACUUGAAGGAGCAGGAAUUGAAGUGUAGAAAGUCAUGUCCAUGUGGGUAUAAGUUUUAUCUCAUUUGCUUAAUGGAUUCACUCGCCCUCAUCCCAAACGGGGAAUGCCACUGACCAGUCCCGAUGAUGAUAUGAAUUUUCCCAGAAAGGUAAAAUGCGGAUCGGUUACCGCACAUUAUUAAUUUUCCAGGUGUGGGAUACUGAGGAUCCAAAGGGGAAGUAAUUUGAUCAAUUGUUGUAUACUAAUCUGGUUGCUGUACAUAAUAAUGUAUGCCAACUGGAUCUUGUUUCUGUAAAGAGAGAACAUUCAUGUUCCUCAGGAUUUUCCAUUAUGCAAAUUAUUUUGUAACACUGAAUCCUAAAAUCUGAAGGAAAGAAAAAAGUUCAUAAAGGUCGAACAAA